AUGUCGGACACUAAUAUUCCCUCAUUAGCAAACCCCAACGGCCCCACGCUUGCCGACGUGCUUACCAUCCAGCAGUCGUCGUCUAUCUUUUAUGAUUAUCUUCGCGAAAUCCCGGAUAUAGUCGAUCGCUUGACGGAUACCAGUGGGAAUGUGAUGACGACGGUAUUCGUACCCAGGAAUAAGGCGGUUAUCACGUUGCCCCGUAAGCCGCAUCUCGGUGCUGCGGGAGAUGAAGUUGAAAUAUUGACCGGCCGCCAAUACGACGAACGCUCGAGGAAGAACAUUGCUCGCUGGAUUAGCGCGCACGUUGUCCCGAGCCACCCGAUCGAGCUUGUGGGGUCUCACUCCACUAUACUUCCGGGAAAGUCUAUUCAUUUUGAAUGCAAGGAUGAGAGUGAAAAGACAUGGGAACAUUGCACGUUGGAAUCUGGUGUCAAGAUCAUUCAACGUGUGGAGGCGUCUAACGGUGUACUAUAUAUUAUCGAUGGAACGAUCAAACCUUGA